UUUUUUUGCAAAAAAGAUACAUUUUAAAUAAAGGCGCCGACAAAAGCGGGCGAGGCGAUCGUUCCGUCACAUAUUAAACCGCAUUUGGGCUAAACCAAGUUUUAACCCGUACCGCUUCAAAACCGAGGAACUCUCCAGCACCGCACCAGAGAAUCCGCAUCCUAAAGAUGCAAUCUCACAGCAAGAAACGCGUCUGCUACUACUACGACAGUGACAUUGGCAACUACUACUAUGGCCAGGGGCACCCCAUGAAGCCCCACCGCAUACGCAUGACCCACAAUCUGCUCCUGAACUACGGUCUAUACCGGAAAAUGGAGAUUUACCGACCGCACAAAGCCACUGCCGAUGAGAUGACCAAGUUCCAUUCGGACGAGUACGUCCGAUUCCUGCGAUCCAUCAGGCCGGACAACAUGACCGAAUAUAACAAGCAGAUGCAGCGCUUCAAUGUAGGCGAAGAUUGCCCCGUGUUCGACGGUCUCUACGAGUUCUGUCAGCUGUCGGCGGGUGGCUCCGUGGCCGCAGCCGUCAAGCUGAACAAACAGGCCUCCGAGAUCUGCAUCAACUGGGGCGGCGGUCUGCAUCAUGCGAAAAAAUCGGAAGCCUCUGGAUUCUGCUAUGUGAAUGAUAUUGUUCUGGGCAUCUUGGAGCUGCUAAAGUACCACCAGCGUGUUCUCUACAUCGACAUCGAUGUGCACCACGGCGAUGGUGUCGAGGAGGCCUUUUACACCACGGACCGCGUGAUGACCGUCAGCUUCCACAAGUACGGCGAGUACUUCCCGGGCACUGGCGACCUGCGCGACAUUGGCGCCGGCAAGGGCAAGUACUAUGCCGUCAAUAUCCCCCUGCGCGAUGGCAUGGACGAUGACGCGUACGAGAGCAUCUUCGUGCCCAUAAUUUCGAAGGUAAUGGAGACAUUCCAGCCGGCGGCGGUGGUCCUGCAAUGCGGCGCGGACUCCCUUACCGGCGACCGGCUCGGCUGCUUUAACCUGACGGUGAAGGGGCACGGUAAGUGCGUCGAUUUCGUAAAGAAGUACAACCUACCCUUCCUGAUGGUCGGCGGCGGUGGCUACACCAUCCGCAACGUCUCCCGGUGUUGGACGUACGAGACGUCCGUGGCGCUGGCCGUGGACAUUGCCAACGAACUGCCCUACAACGACUACUUCGAGUACUUUGGGCCCGACUUCAAACUGCACAUCAGCCCCAGCAACAUGACUAACCAGAACACGUCCGAGUAUCUGGAGAAGAUCAAGAACAGGCUUUUCGAGAACCUGCGCAUGCUGCCACACGCACCGGGCGUCCAGAUCCAGGCCAUACCCGAGGACGCGAUCAACGAUGAAUCCGACGAUGAGGACAAGGUGGAUAAGGAUGAUCGCCUGCCGCAGAGCGACAAGGAUAAGCGCAUUGUGCCCGAGAACGAGUACUCGGACUCGGAGGAUGAGGGCGAGGGCGGACGGCGGGACAACCGCGCAUACAAGGGACAGCGCAAGCGUCCGCGACUCGACAAGGAUAACAACAGCAACAAGGCAUCCUCAGAAGCGUCCAGCGAGAUUAAGGAUGAGAAGGAGAAGGUAGACGGCGCUGAUGGCGAAGAAUCGACGGCAUCCAAUGCCAACAGCAACAGUAACAACAACAGCAGCAGCAACAACAAGAGCGAUAACGAUUCGAGUGCGCCAGCCAGCGGGGCAACGACUGGGGGCGGCUCAGGAUCGGGUUCCGGCUCCGGUUCGGGGGCCAAGGCCGCCAAGGAGAACAACAUAUGACGUGGCGGCCGCAAUUGGUUAUAGAAGCCAAUUAAGCGACCGCCGAAGUACAAGCCGCCGGACUUCACCUAGCACCGUCUGUCCUCCCAGUCCUCCCCCUAGCUGUACCCAUUUAUCGUCUGAUACUACUCUGUGACCCCACUCCACUUCACCCCUCUCAUCACUGAUUAACUGAUUAUCUGCUUAACGUCAAUCUAAGUACGAAGCAUGUCGUGUCCCCUGCAUUGCGCCCAUUGCAUUGUCCUGGUCCACUCCUGUCCUGCCAUCGGGUGGCAGUCGCGGACCCUAGAGGGCUCUCCCGCUCUCAUCGUAGGCUAAGAUACAAUUUAUUGUAAGGAAAUCGAUUCAGCUUCUUCGUGGAUCAAAUUAUAUAAGCAAAACAUAAAAUAAGCACAAAAUAUUUACCGACUAAGCGCACUCGGGUAAUUCAAUAAAUAUUUAUAAAUAAGUUCUACCGUA